CAGGCAAACUGACAACGGCCCUUCGACCAUGAUCAGUGCUUCGUAUCCCGAGUGGGAUGAUCUCUUCGGUCAAUACGUACAGUUUCCGGUGUCGACAAUCAGUGUGCUGUCAUAUACCGGGCGGCCUCCAAGGGCCCAGGCCGGGGAGCGUGACGACCCACAAUACAACACCAAAUGCAGGAAGGUAUCAAACAGAGAAGCCCUUCUGCUGGAUGCCUUUGAUCAAGCUUGGUUCCGACUGCAGAAGAAAUCCGUCGACAAGCUUGUGGCGUGGGUGUUUGAUGCGCUCAAUGAGCAUGCCGAGCACCCGUACCGCGUGAAUGUGUUGGUGUUGGUGCUGGACCAUACCAUCGCGCAGAAGAUUACGAGCAUGAAGCAGAUCAUCGACACGUGGGAGGUCGUGUUCACACCUCAUAGGCAACAUAUAUGGCGAGAAAUGAAUGCCCUUCUCGUGAAACGUGUGCAUCUCUGCCAAGUACAUGAGCUCACCGUUAUUCUGAGGUACGUCACGGGCCAACUGAGCCGGGCGGGGGACGAGAUAGCCCAGCAGGAGCUGCACAAGUACUCACAGUCGCUUGUACAGGCACAUGCGCACGCACAGGCCUACAGCUACGCCAACCACAGCGCGCAAGCCCCGACACACGCCAGCGUACUGAACGGGGCCCACAAGAAGAAGAACUUUUCAAUCGAUACUAGUAUACAUGAUCGAUUAGGUACGGAUGCCAGGCAGCGAAGUGGGUCGCUUGGCCUGGUGCGAGUACAUACAGAUACGCCGCAGCCGAGCUCGAAGGUCGACAACGCCCGUAACCAGGGCAACGCGAGUACGCGCGCGGUCUCGCCGGCCUUCGCACCGAGCGGCUCGACUGCUGGUAAACUGGUGAAUUGCAAUGUGGCCGUGACACAAGCCAUCCCGUUGAUUAGGAAGAUCAUGCACAGCAGUGCGCUCGUGCCGCAGUACGUAGUGUUCCACGAAGCGUUCAAGAUACGCAACAAGCAGCACUGGCGCGUGCGCCAGCACGUGGAUCGGCUCCUGUUCCAGUUCCAGUCUCUGGCGAACAUGCUCAGGCCGAUCGGGUGGUACCAUCCCGCUGUACGGCCGGUUUUGUGCCUGACGACGAACAUGGCGGGGUGGCGGGUGUUUGGACCGGACAGCUGUCUGUUCCCCAUGGUUGGCAAGCUGUUGAAUAUGGCAUCGGAGAUGAUGGAUAGUAAGGAGAGCGAGGUCAUGACCCAGUUCUUGAGCGAUGUGCUGAUGCAGUACACGUCCACCAUAGGGCUGAGGGAAUACUUGCGCGGUAUGGAUCAUUUUAAAAUCAAGACCGAUUCCUUCUUCCAGACGGCCCUUGCAGAGAUGGUGAUAUCUGUGCUGCGAAUCGAGCAUUCUCAGAAAUCAGCACGACUGCGGAACGCAGGGAGUGCGGAGAAUGUCGUAAAAAAUGGUCAGGCGAUAGAGGAUGUGGCGAGAGGUGCAGAUAACUAUACUGCCGUAGAUGUCGAUACCGAGUGGCAUUUGUUGGCGUCUCAUUUCUUUGCACUGUUACGGGUGGAUGAAGUGGAUCUGGAGAUGGUGAUUCGGACUGUCCACACAAAGAUACGUGCUAUUUGGGGUGAUGAGUUCAGAAGCAAUCGGGUGGUAUGGCUGAUACACCAAUGUGCUUUCAGCGAGGAGCUCAAAAAUAAAUUCAAAGACUCGUACACGCGCGUCAUUGAACCAGCGCUGUCAAUGAACAAGACCGCUGGCCAAGCCCUGGCGCCAAAGUCGUCAUUGUACGAUCUUCUAUUCUCGCUAUACGACUCGGAGGCGACCAAUGCCAAUACCGUGGAGGGUGAUAAGUGGGAUAUCCAGGAUCUUUCGAUUGAGUUUCUGCUGCGAAGGCUUUUUCCAUCGGAGUCAGGUGAGACCGGCACGGGUUUUGAUAAUCGGUAG